AAGCCCAACCCACGAGAGUACGGCAUGACCAAGGAAAGCACCAGGAAAGCGAUCCGUUUCUGUCGUGCCUAGCCUUAGUCUCUUGCACGUUACGUCGCACUAAAAGCGCAUAGGAAAGGGUCUUGAACAACCAGUCUUACCAUAACUUGCGUGAAAGGUGCUGCUUGCGGCCUUGAUACUUUAGUCAGUAGCCAUGGGUCGCAGAGGCAUGAAGAGCUUUCUGAAAGGGGCACAUAAGCAACACGGAUCCGACGACGAGGCGGCGGACGCAGCGCCUGAACAGCCAAGCACAUCCGCGCCGAAAGCCCCCGCUUCGCAAAGCGCGCAGCCACCCAAGGCGGCUGACCCGCAGCCUGUCAAAGCCGCUGACGCUCACGAUGCUGACGACAGCGACGAUGACGAGGAGGGCGGCAGCAAGGGGCCCGAGACCCGCGGCAAGAUGUUGCAGCGACACAAGCGGGAAAUGGCGGCGCACAAGAAGACGGUGCAGAAGCUCGGAAGCAAGAAGAAGGACGAGGCAGCCCGGUUGACGGCUGAGAUGGAGGCACGACACGCUCGCGAGCUAGCGGAGCUCGAGCAGCGGGAGCAGCAGCAGCAGCAGCAGGCGGCGGGAGGGGCGGGAGGAGAGGCUGCUGCUUCAGCUGCAGCAGCAGGCGAGCAGCUAGCUGGGCUGGAGCUGGCGGCGGAAGCGGGAGCGGAGCACAAGAAGCCCAGCAAGGCCCAGAAGCGGCGUGAGAAGCUGGCGCAACAGGAGGCUGAGCGGGCGGCUCGUAUCGCCAGCGAGCAGGCUGCGCUGGGCCCCAGUGACAAGGCGGUGGAGGAGGCGCAGCUGCGGGCACUGCUGAGGCCGCAUGGGCUGGGCAUCCGGGAGAUACGGGCCGACGGUCACUGCCUCUACCGCGCCAUCGAGGACCAGCUCACGCAGCACGCGCAGCAAGCCCCCACCUCCUCCUCCUCCUCCACCUCGGUACCCGACUACCAGACCCUCCGGCGGCUGGCGGCGGCGCACAUCCGCUCCCACGCCGACGACUUCCUGCCCUUCGUGUACGACGAGGACGCUGCGGGCGGCCCCGCGGAGCAGCUGGAGGAGUACUGCGAGGAGCUGGAGGGCAGUGCGGUGUGGGGGGGGCAGCUGGAGCUGGGGGCGCUGGCGCAGGCGCUGCGGCGGCAGAUCAAGGUGUACGCCACGGGCAUGCCGCUCGUGAGCCUGGGUGACGAGCACGCGGGGGCGGGCGGGGCGGUGCAGCUGUGCUACCUGCGGCAUGCGUUCGGACUGGGGGAGCACUACAACAGCGUGGAGCCGCUGGUGGGGGGCGCGGAGGAGGAGGAGGGGAAGGAGGAAGGGGAGCGGUGAGGGUGGAAGGGUGGUUGCGUUAGGAAGCAGCAGGUCGCAGCAGGGGAGUGGGGUUGUGGUGGUUAGGCUGGCUGUGACGGGAGGAGGAGGUGGUGUCUUUGGCGUGCGGCAGUGGGCAGUAGCAGGAGAGGCCCCGCUGCUGUUGAGCAAUGAAGAUGGUGGGGCAUGUGGGUUGUGCUUCACAACAGAAAUUUUUAAAGUACACCCCGAUCCUGAACGAAGGUGUGCAGCGCCUUGCAGUCUUGCUACGGUGUGCUGCUGCUCGUGCUGAUAACCACCCACACGCCGAGUCCACCCAUCGCACACUAGAAG